UCAUCGUGCGUCUCUUUGGGGGCUACGGACGCCGACAUACAACACGACGGCUUACCGCUAGUUUCAAAUCACCACCACGAGCGCGCGCCCGUUCUGAGGCAUUCAUUACCUAGUAUUUACGAUAUAUAGUGAUUUUGUAGUGACAGCCGGUAUACCAGAUCCAACAUGAACGUAGCCCCAGUCGGUCCUCAACCCACCAACCUCACCUGCCCGUCAUGCCGCGCCUCUAUUGUGACACGGGUAGAUCAUAAAGCAACCACAAAAACACACGUCAUCGCAUUGCUACUGUGUUUGUUCCUUUGCUGGCCAUGCGUGUGCGUGCCUUAUUGCAUGGAUUCCUGUAGGAAUGCCGACCACUACUGCCCAAGCUGCAACACCUACCUCGGAACUUACCAAAAAUAAUACCAAACAAUUACUGAGACAACGUUUUAUGAUGAUUCCGUAGUUAUAUAUAUAGAGUCAGUCUAUAUCAGUGCACUUUCAUGCUCAUUUUAUAUACCUAAGCAUGGCUAAAAUAGCUAUAUACCUAAUAAUUAGCACGUACCACUUACCCGCAUAUUAGUUUUAAUGCAAGUGUUAAAACUACCAUGUGGUGGCCUAUGCCAUCGAAUUGCGCAAAGAAUACGUCUCCAUAUUAUCAACACGUAAGGGCUCUUUCCCACUGAACAUCCUGUUUUUAGCGGUUACAGUUUUCUGCAGGAUUCCGUUUUAGUAGUAUCCGUGCAGUAUCCCGCAAAUAGUAUGCUUGUGUGAACGUUGCUAUGUAUAUUAGCACGUAUACUACUAAAACGGGAUCCUAAAGACAACCGUUACCCCCAAAAAACUGGAUGAUCAGUGGGAAAGAGCCCUCAGAACGUUUUCAGAUUUUUACAAUCUUAGUUCAUCCUUUUCUCAAUGCAAGCGGGACGCGCUGUGAUUACAAUCAUAUUGUCAAAAUCUGAAUUUGCCUUAAAAAUCAGUACACGUCAUAUGGUCAAAAUGGCAUAAGCCCUGAUGUAGACCGAGAUUAUAAUGUUUUUAAUUAAGAUUACUAGAUAUUAAGACUAAAAAUAAAGGCACCAAAAACAUUUCAGAAACAUAUGUCAAUAAUUAUUAACUAACACAAACGGGACUUAAUCACGUAUUAAGUUUUAACAAACAUUGCAAUUUCAAUCGGGACGAGGGUUUGGGGAUCUCAUCCACAUGGAAUCCAAUCAUUGGUUUAUGUAAGCGAGAGCGAAUAUCGACAGUCGAAAAAUCGAAUAUCGUUAGUGUUGUGUGUCGACAAAGUAACAUCCCUAGUGCGCAUAAUGUUCAAGUCAAUAAACAAGAUCAAGUGCGGGUAGUUCGAAAAACUCGCGCGGCUAGAAGAUGUUGAUGUCUGAUUGAACUUUAGCCAGUCUUUUCCGAGACCACGGGGACAACGCUGUCCUCGAAACGUCGGAGGUAAAUUUAAAACUUAAUACGCGAUUAAGUCCCGUUUAUGUUAGUUAAUAAUGUGUAAAAAUCGUGAAAGUUUAAAUCAGUGAUAUGUAAAUAAUGUUAUUAUUAUUUUUCUUUUAAGAGCAAAUACAUUUUGUAUUGUCCUGUAUUUAUGAUCGUUGUAAAGACGAUUGUGUAUUACAAGUGACGUGUUUUUUAUAAAUUUAUUCUUAGUGUUUCUAAACCAUUUAAAGGCGACAUUAGAUAACAUUGAGGCUUCUUUACAGCACCGUAGUAUACCUAGUUCUUAGUAAAGCUGUACGUUAUAAUACAAUAUCACUGACAUGAAAAAUGAUGUUUCUACUAAAAUAAAAGUACAAAUUGAAAUGAGAAUACGAAACUGUUUAAUGUUCUUUUAGUGGAAAACAUAAAUAUUAUCAAUUUUCAGUAAUCGCUUCCAAAGGAAGGUAGAAGAAUAAAUAAGAGUAAAUACAACACAUUUUUAACACUAAGUACCUGUUCUAUAAAUAUGGUAUACACCUACUCUUUAAUGAAAAAUACAGAACUGAUGUGUAAAACUCGAGCAUAUAUACGUAAGUCACUAUUUUAUAAUAGGAUAGUAAAGUAUUAUACCGGAAAAAAAUGGUCAAAUUCUAGAGUUGAAUUGUUUAUGGUAGGUAUUAAUAAAAAAUAUAAAUACCAGAGGAACAACUCGUAAGACAAGACAUCAUCAGACACAGCGCAACAAUAAUCAAAGAUAUUUGUAUUUACAAUAGUUCACAAUGUUUAAAUGAGUAAUCCUGCUAUUUUUUGUACCAGUAUUUUUAUUCUUUUGGGGUGGAAAAAACAGUUUUUUAAUACGAAGAAAACUCUAAAAAGUCAUGUAAUAAAAACAUCAUCAACUACUUAAUUAGAUUCCUGAUGCUUUUGGAUAGGUCUAGGUAAAAAUAUUUUUUAUCUUAUCUACCUAAAGUUAGACAGGUAUGUAACAAGACAGUAGAUUCUGAUGUAUGUAUUUUUUGAUAUUAUAUUAGUGUCAGUUUCCCUAAUAAUUAUACAAUUUACUGUUUUUUUUAACUUGCUUGUCGCCAUUUUAGAAUAAUUAGAAAUUUAAUCAUAAAAUUGUACGUGCAUUUGGAGGUGCCUUCUGUCCCAGUUGACAUUGUGUACCACACUUUUAUGCAAGUUCUGUGCAAAAGCACGGGCUGUUAGCGCAGUAUUCCUCCCUACAAAUCCAAGAAUAAAAUCAAGGAUGUAGGGAAUUGUGAGUUUACCGUUUUUGAACACGUUUUAGUCCUAUUUCCACGGCCAGAUAAUGUCCAUAGUCUAGCGAACAUAAUUCAUAUUUUAGACACGCAAUGGCGGUAAAUUUUGUAACACUGUUUUGAACAUGAGUGAAAUAAACUUUUUUUUAUAAGA